AUGGCUUUCUCUAGAGGAUUGACAUUGACAGAUCUGAACGACUUUAUUACCCCGUCUCAAGCCUGCAUAAAGCCCGUGGAAGAAGUCAAGCCACAGCAGCAGAUUGAAAACGCGGCUUCGACGCAAAUCGGAAUAGACUCGGCUGGGGUAUACUAUGAAGAGAGUCACCAGGAUUCUGGACGGAAAAAGCUACAGCAGGCACAAAUUAGCUUAAAUGAUUGUUUGGCAUGCAGUGGAUGCAUCACCUCUGCAGAAUCUGUUCUCAUAUCCAUGCAGUCCCACGAGGAGGUUCUCAAGGUUGUGGAGUCAAAUCCUUCUCCUCUACACCCGGAUCACAAGAGCUUCGUUCUGUCUAUAGCGCCCCAGUGCCUAGCCUCACUCGCUGCAUCCAUUAGCCCAUCGGCAACUACUCAGCAAAUUCUUCGAAGGGUCGAAGUUUUUGCAUCUAGCAUUCUCGGAUUCUCUCAUGUGUAUGACACGACUUUUGCCAGACAUAUCGCGCUUCUAGAACAUACGCGCGAGUUUUUUGAACGCAGGGAUUCAUCGACGUCAUCGAACUUAUCGGACAAUAAACCCGGAGACACACGACUUCCUAUGAUUGCGAGUGCAUGUCCUGGAUGGGUGUGUUAUGUGGAGAAGGCACACCCCGAAAUGAUCCCAUUUUUAUCUCGAACCAAGAGUCCCCAGCAGGUGAUGGGCACCUUGGUAAAGGAAUGGUUGGGUCGGCGAUGGGGGAAAUCGGCAAAUUCAAUAUACCAUGUAACCGUCAUGCCCUGCUACGAUAAGAAGCUCGAAGCAUCAAGACAGGAUUUCUAUAAUGAUAUUCUAUCAACAAGGGACGUAGAUUGUGUAUUAACAACUACGGAGCUUGAAAUCCUCAUGCGAGACAAGGGGUGGGAUAUAUCUGCUCCUGUUCCGGGUGAGGAUGAAACCCGAAUGCCGAAUGUCGAGAAUGGAAUUUUGCCAGAACUUGCGCAGCAUCCAGGAUCCUCGUCUGGCUCGUACCUUCAAUCUUUGAUUGAUUCUGUUUCACUGAGUGCCAAGUCUCCCUCCGUCUCGACUAAAGCCAUCCGAACCACGGACUAUGAGGAAUACACAGUGACGGAUGAAGCUGACGAGAGGGUCCUAUUCCGGGGUGCCAAAUGCUAUGGAUUCCGAAAUUUGCAGAACAUUGUGCGGAAAGUGGGGCGGGAUACCGGAGUUUCAGUAGGUCGUGGUGCGGCGGGUCGCGUAGCCACGCGAGGGCGUCGGGUAGUUGGUGCGACGGCCCGUAAAGGAAGUCAAGCCGAGGAGCCGAGGUCUUAUGAUUAUGUGGAGGUUAUGGCCUGCCCAGCGGGGUGCGUCAAUGGAGGCGGACAACUACGAGGGGGUGCUCGACCUCAAACUACGGACGGCUUGAUGGAGUGUCGGAGUCUGCUGCCGCGCGUGAUGCUCGCUGGGGCGACAAACAACUCGUGA